GCGAUUAACUUGAGCGACUGGAAUUUCUCUCUAUUUCUUCUAGUUUUCUUCUCCACAAUCGCUGGUGUGGAGGUAGCGACUAAAAAAUUCAAAGAACAAUUUAAUCGCAGGUGUCGCCGGAAAAUCCAGCGAUCUUCAUCCCUUCCUAAUUUGUUGUCGCUGAAACCUUUGAUUGGAGAGGGACCUCACUUUUCUAACCCAUUUAUCUCCUUUUUCCUUUGCAUUUAGUGUCGCUGAAAUCAUACGCUGCGACACCUAAAAGAACAUGGCCAUAGUAACUAAAUUAAAGUACGGAAUACGUAAGCAGAGAGCUAGCUGUCAUUGAUCAACUAACGAAACUUCAACAGCAUUUCAACGAUUCUGUUUAAUAAUCUAACUAUACGAUUACGUAUUUUCCUAAUCAUACGAAAUAUGCAAUAUAUAUGUUCAGUCAUCUUUCAAAGGAAAAAAUAAGAGAGAAAGAGAAAAUGAAGUGUUUCGCGGCAAAGGUGGAAGAAGGAGUUAAAGGGGAAGAUGGAAAGCCAUCUGUAGGCCCGGUGUACCGGAAUCUUUUGUCGGAGAAAGGUUUUCCUCCUCGAGAUUCUGAUAUCACCACUACUUGGGACAUUUUCAGUAAAUCUGUGGAGAAAUUUCCUGAUAACAAGAUGCUUGGAUGGCGUCAAAUUGUGGAUGAGAAGGUUGGACCGUAUAUGUGGAAAACGUACAAGGAAGUAUACGAAGAAGUUCUCUUGAUCGGCUCAGCACUACGAGCCGUCGGAGCUGAACCUGGGUGUCGAGUGGGGAUCUAUGGAGCUAAUUGUCCUCAGUGGAUCAUAGCAAUGGAGCUUCUUGAGCCAGAUUGCAAAAGUGCAAAACGUCUAAAAGCUAUAGUUUCUUUCACUAAUGUGGGCGAAGAACAGAGCUACAAGGCUUCAGAAAUUGGAGUCAAAGCAUACUCGUGGCUCGAUUUUCUCCAUAUGGGACAAGAGAAGCCGAAAGAGACAAACCCGCCUAAACCGUCUGACGUGUGCACCAUAAUGUACACGAGCGGCACAAGCGGUGAACCUAAAGGUGUGGUUUUGACCCACGAAGCGGCCGCGACUUGCGUUAUUGGGGCGGAUCUCUGCUUGGACCAGUUCGAGGACAAGAUGACACAUGAAGAUGUAUAUCUCUCGUUUUUGCCGUUGGCUCAUAUCCUCGACCGUGCAAAUGAGGAAUACUUCUUCCGUAAAGGCGCUUCCGUUGGCUAUUACCAUGGAGAUUUGAAUGCGUUACGCGACGAUAUUCAAGAACUGAAACCGACUUUUCUGGCGGGAGUUCCAAGAGUCUUCGAGAGGAUCUAUGAUGGGAUUCAGAAAGCUCUUCAGGAGCUUAACCCAAGAAGGAGACUCAUCUUCUAUGCUCUCUAUAAAUACAAACUUGCGUGGAUGAAUCGUGGAUAUUCUCACAGCAAAGCUUCACCCAUGGCUGACUUCAUAGCUUUCAAAAAGAUUAAAAACCAAUUAGGAGGUAGAAUUCGGUUGCUAGUAUCUGGAGGAGCACCACUGAGUCUUGAGAUCGAAGAGUUCUUGAGAGUUACUUCUUGUUGUCUCGUCGUUCAAGGCUAUGGUCUAACGGAGACGCUUGGAGGAACAACUUUGGGUUAUCCGGACGAGAUGUGUAUGCUCGGGACGGUCGGUAUUCCAGCGGUUUACAAUGAGAUACGGCUUGAGGAGGUUCCGGAAAUGGGCUAUGACCCAUUGGGAGAAAAUCCGGCAGGGGAGAUCUGUAUAAGAGGAAAAUGUCUGUUUUCUGGGUAUUACAAGAACCCUGAACUCACUGAAGAAGUCAUGAAAGACGGAUGGUUCCAUACAGGAGACAUAGGUGAGAUUCUUCCAAACGGAUUACUUAAGAUCAUCGAUCGUAAGAAGAACCUGAUCAAACUCUCUCAAGGAGAAUAUGUUGCUCUUGAGCAUUUGGAAAGCAUCUACGGACAAAACCCUAUUGUCCAAGAUGUGAGGUUUUCAACUGUUUCUUGUCCAGAAAGAAAUCGCUUUAAGAUAUGGGUUUAUGGAGACAGCUUCAAAUCUAUGCUUGUGGCGGUGAUUGUUCCCAAUCCAGAAACCCUAAACCGGUGGGCUAAAGAUCUCGGUUUUACUAAACCAUUCGAAGAACUCUGUUCUCUCCCGGAGCUUAAAGAAUACAUCGUUUCAGAACUGAAGUCCACGGCAGAGAAGAGCAAGCUAAGCAGGUUUGAGUACAUAAAAGCUGUGACGGUGGAGACAAAACCUUUUGAUGUAGAGAGAGACUUGGUGACUGCGACCUUGAAAAAUAGGAGGACCAAUCUUCUUAAGUAUUAUCAGGUAUCAAUCGACGAAAUGUACCGAAAAUUGGCGGCAAAGAGAAGCUGAGAGUGUUGUUUGUGAUCAUAAUAUAUUAAUAUAUAUCGUGUGUGCUAUUAAUAAACAAUGAUUAUGUUA